AUGAAUAAUUCCGCAUUUUCGUUCUCUUAAUUGGGUAAAUAAAUUUUACAAGAGAAUAAAGACAUUUAAGAUUAGUUAACUUUAGAAUUACUCAAUAAUUAUAGGUCUGGUUCAUUUUUCAAGCAAGCAUCAGAAAAUCGAUUGGCAUAAUAAAUUGAGAAAUAGAACUAAAUUAUAAAUCUUCUAAUGGAAAAACAAGAAUCAUCAAAGCUUGAUGUCCCUAUGGGGUCUAUAAAAAAAGAAUAAUCAUAAUACUACGAACAAAAUAACAAUUCAUAUUAUAAUUUUCCUUAACUUCCAUAUGUGUAACCACUUCCUCUUCCUCCUCCUCCAAUAUUUAUGCCUUCAAACUUUUCUUAUAUGCAACAGUAACAAGCAGAAAAAUAAUAACAAGAAAAAUUAAGAAUGUUAUUAUUGAUGAAAAAGCUAAAAGAGGAAAAUUUUUUUCUUAAAAUGAAAUUAUCAGAAAGAGGAGAUUAACUUGAAAAAUCAUAUGAAACUUAUUCAAAUAGCUAAAGUAAACACCAAUCUAAUGAUAAAAGCGAAAAAUUGUAUAAAUAAUAGAAAAGAAAUUUAGGGCCAACUCAAGAAGAUUACCAAAAAGAGAUAAAAUAAUUAGAAUAAUUAGUAUCAAAAAGAGCAAUACUUUAGCUUAAAAUAAGAAGUAAAAGAUUGAGGCUUAUGCUUUAAUUUAUCCAAAAAACAAAAAAAUCAAUCUCAUCAAAGAUUACAGAAUUUUAGGAUAAAUUUCCAGAAAAUUAUUUAUAAUUUUAGAAUGAUUGUUUUUUAUGGAUGAAGGAUUUCACUAACAUUAUUGUUGAUAAAUUAAAGGUUUAAAAUACUAGUGUUACUUUAUAUUUAGACUCUAAAGUUAAUCCAAAGGAAACAUAAAAACGAAUGGAUUAGCUUAAAAUAUAUGUGAAAAAUUUUAUUGAUGCUGUAUUUGAUAAUUAAGCAAAUAUACCAAAAUUUUGUAAAUUUUAUCUACUUAAUUUUACUCAUAAUUAUUUUUGUGCUCCUUAAAACUUUCUAUUGAAAUUUGAAGUUAACAGAUUAUCCUUUACACCAUAAGGAGGAAUUAUGUAUUAAAUUUAAUUAAUAUUCAAGUCUUAAUUAAAGAUAAGGUCAAAUGAUGAUAAUUACAAUAAUUAUAAUUAGAAUGUAUUUACAAUUUUUAAAUGAUUUAUGGGAACCAAUUCCAGCAUCCUCAUCAGCAACUUAAAAAAAAAACAACUAGUAAUAUCGCUUAAAUAUCUAAUCCAUUUGCUCUGCUAUUUACAACUUAGCCGUGGAUGUAGCACGAGAAAUGGCUGCUAUUCAGCAUAAUAAUCUUAAAUUGUUAUCAGUUGAUGUUCAACCUAAGCUAAAAUCAGGAGGGGUUAUUAAAAUGAAAAAUUUUGAAGAGAGAGAAGUUGAUAAAACUAAAUUGGAAGGUUUAAAAGAAGGAGAUGAACCUUUAGUUUAUCCACUUUUUGAUAAAAAUGAACUUAAUUCUUUUUUUAAAGACAAUCCUAAUAUUUCAAGUCUAAAAUCUACAAUUGAAGGGUGGUCAGAAAAUGUAUAUUCUAUGUUAUAAUAAUGCAAAAAGGAAUUAUUAACUGAAAGAAAAAAUUAAGUAGAUUUAUAUUUUAAUUUAGUUUGAAAAUGGAGAAAAGUUAAUACUUCUUUAAAAGAUUCAAGGUAGUAAAUAAUAAACAGAGGGCACGAGAUAGUUAAGAGAAAUUUAAAAUAGUAUUGGAGAACAAAAAGAGAAAAUUGCAUAAAUAAAAAGAUGUACUAUUAAUCUUAAUGUUAAUAUAGUCCUAAAUGUUUCUACAAAUCGAAAGUCUGAACAUAUUUAGAAUGAAGGGAAAUCUAAAUCAAAAUACUCAAUUUAAAGUAGUCAAUAUUGA